CUAAGCUUGCUCUAUGCAUAUGCAAAAAAUUAAAUCUUUGAGCCCCACUUGUCAACUAAAAAUUGAGUAACACAUGUGAUAAAACAAUGAAAGUUUGCUUGUAUAAUUGCAGCUUUGUCAUAUUAAGGAUGAAUUUGGAGAUCUGAUUAUCAUGCUUGCAGUUUUCUAUUAUUUGGGAAAGUAUAAGGGAUGUGAUGUGUAGGUGGAUUGAUGUAAGUGCACAUAUGAACAUUGCUGUAAUUGCUUGGUUUCUUUAUCAAUAUGUCUUCUCGUACCUUUCGCCUAGGUCUCAUAUUUCUCUCCUUUUCAAGUAACUGAUCUUACUUUUCAAUCAUGUAACUGAUCUUUACUUUUCAAUCUUCUUUGUUAUACUUAUAGGUAUCAUAUUUCUCUCUUUUUCUUUUUAAAUGUACGUCUUGUCCAGUUUUGCUUGUUGGGAGUCCUGGGGCUGGGCCAGUGUAUGUAUACUGUGUACCAUAGUAUAAUUAUACAUAUAUACAUGUGUAUUUGUGCUGUUUAUUUAAGUUCAGCCCUCUGAAUUCAAUUCUUGACAUGCCCUGAUCCUAUACAUGUGUUUGUUAUCUUCUACAUUCUAAAGAGUUAGGAUAUGCAAUAAUCCGUAUUAAUUUGUUUGAACGAUGAUUUUAGUUGAUUAUGCCUUAUGAUAUGCAAUUACAAUUUGAGCAGUAUCUUAACGUUUGGCAAAUUGUUGGUCUGCAUUUGUGAUAUUUUGGUCCAUCUGGACGCACGAAAAUCUGGGCAGGAUGCAUGUGCCUAGUUAAUGUAAAGCAUGACCAUGGGUUGGUAGGAGCAUUUAAAUGUAUCAUAAAUGAGAGUAUUUUCUUGAUGCUUUAUUGAAUUUAUUUGAAGUAUUUGGCUAACAUUUGUCAAUGAAGUGAGGAAUCAAAGCAUUUAUAUUGAACUGAAUAAAUUGCUUUAAUUGGUGUCAGACAUUUGCUUUUGUCUUGGGCAGCUCUUGAUCAUUGUGUGCUGCAUUGUUCAGUAGAAUUGAUGAUUAGUGAGGUUGUUGGUGGUAACAUGGAACUAUAUAUAAUACGGAAUUCUAUGUGUUUGGAAUAAUUUGCGCAUUAUUUUGUAGUAGACACGAUUUGGCGUUAUAGGUCUAGCUCUCAACUGGCUUAUUCUUCUCGUCGAGACCUUAAAGCUCAAUCUUUGAUUUAUCGAAAUAGUAAAUGUUUAAACGACAAAUUUAUUGAUUUAUUUUGUAGUAUAAAAUAAAAAACGUGACCAAACGGGCGAAUUCUGGGGUGAACUUAAUUUUAAAAUAUCAAAAAAUUAGAUGCUCCUUAUUUUGUCAAAAUCUGAAAGUGAUGUCGUAAUUAGAAUUUGGUCGAAAGUUCAUGAUUUUAAUUUUUAAAUGCAAAUAAACUUGUUUAAUAUUAAAACAUACAAACAUGAAAUAGGGUUGUCCGACAGCGCUGGCUUUUGACCUGCUGAUUGAAUUGUCCUUUUUCUGUUAACUUGCAUGUCUUGGCGUUAGAGUAAAACAUCCCAUUCCACAAUUUAAUGAAUUAGGUGUGAGCGAUGGCGAGUUCGGUCCCUCGUUUUCGAGGAUUGAAUGCACUUAUAUCCAUUGUGGUUGCAAGCUUUGAGCUGGAUCUAGAUAUGUACAAAAAGGUAGUGCAACGUUAUAGUAAAUCGCAGUGAAUCUUCACCAUAUAUAGCCUAAUCUUUCAUAUCUACAGGAUCAACAUAUUUGCCAUAAUAGCUCUAUAUUUCCCAAUUUCCUUCGUCAUCGCAUCAAUAUUUUCCUUCUUUCCUAGUAGUGUUUUCACUGCGCAUUGAUUUCAGCGCGUGGGAGGGUCUGGAAAUCUGCGUGGCCAUAUGACAAUAAAGAAACCUAGAGAUAAAGCCAAGGGAAGGGAUGGUCCAAUUUAGGCCCGUAUGGUGAUUCUCCGCACUAAAUCAAGAAAACAGACAAGAUGAGGCUAUCAAUGUUGGUGGUUUCUUUUCCAAAUCAACACUUUUCUGCAUAUUAGUGAAAGGGGGAAAUGGUGUAGGAGUCUAAGAAGGCGAUCAGGGAAGAAUCAAUGCCGGCUGUUUGGUUCGCUUUGAGGAGGUCGAUGAAAUGCAGAUCACAGCAAGCAGAAGUCCAUGAUCCCGAUGGGGGAAGCAAGAGUCUGAGCAACAUCUCGACGAAGAAGACAAGCGGCGGUGGACGGUCUGGUUGCUCGAGGUCUAUCGCGAAUCUGAAAGACGUGAUCAACGGAAGCAAGAGGCACACGGAGAAGCCGCCAAUCUGCAGCCCGAGAUCCAUUGGAAGCAGCGAACUCCUCAACCCUAUGACUCAUGAAGUUAUUCUUGAUAGUGAGACGUGCGAACUGAAAAUCAGUGGUGCCUCCGAUUUGGCGGGGCAGAGGCCCGUGGCCUUGGGCAGCCCGGUGAUGAGGUCGUCGAGUAGCUUGUCUAGGAGAGUUUCUGUUUCUUCGACGAGGCCCAGAUCUUCCUUGGGAGGGGUUUCAAAUGGAGCCCUCUUCUGCCCUAAAUGUGGCGACCACUUUGUCAGAUGGGAAGCUGUUGAGGCGCAUCAUCUCUCCAAACACGCAGUUACUGAACUAGGCCAGGGGGAUUCUUCUAGAAGAAUCGUGGAGAUGAUCUGUCGAGCGAGGGGCGACAGCGCGCGCAGCGGAAUCGAGAGGAUUCUGAAAGUGCACAACAUGCACAAGACUUUGGCCCAAUUUGAGGAGUACCGAGAGGUGGUGAAAAUCAGGGCAAGCAAACUGGCGAAGAAGCAUCCGCGUUGCCUGGCCGAUGGGAACGAGCUGCUGAGAUUCCACGGAGCCACGGUGGAAUGCUCACUGGGCAUGAAGGGGUCGUCCGGCCUCUGCGCAUCGGAGAAAUGCAGGGUGUGCCGGAUUCUAAGAGACGGGUUCGUCACAAAACAAGAGGGAGUGUUCACCGCUUCAACGAGCAGCAGAGCCAUCGAAAUGGUGGACGGGGAUUCGUCACUGAGAAAGGCCCUCAUAGUUUGCAGAGUGAUAGCCGGAAGGGUGCAUAGGCCGCUUGAGAAUAUGGAGGAGAUGGUUGGUCAAUCAGGUUUUGAUUCGGUUGCCGGGAAAGUGGGUGCGCACUCCACCAUUGAAGAGCUGUAUUUGCUCAGCGCCAGAGCUCUGCUUCCUUGCUUUGUGGUCAUAUAUAAAUGUUGAACAUAUGUCCACUUGAGUUUUUCUUUUGGCAUAUUGCUCCAUUCUUUCGCCCUGCGUACUAGGGCUUAUUUCAUCAUAAUUGCUACUGUCUACUGGUGUAUAUAUAUCUCUUCGUUGGGGAUUUAUACUUUAAUCAUUUCGCUUUUUUGUGUUG